AUGGCAGAAUUAAUUAAGGCAAAGACAAGGAGAGACGCAGCUCUUACACUUUCCUCUCAUCCGUCGUUCUCUCUGCUUGCAGUUCUGGCUGCGAGUAUCUUUCUUCUUGGGCUGUCCAUAGCAAACAAGACAGCUGUGGUGAGCAACAAUUCAGGAGUUCAGCCAGCAGGCCAGUGUGGAUCCUGGGUGAAGGAGCCAGAUGGGGGGAGCUUCACAUCUCCCAGUUACCCCAGCCGAUACCCACCGGAGCGGGAGUGCAUUUACAUUCUCGAAGCUGCACCACGACAGUGUAUUGAUCUUUACUUUGAUGACAACUAUUCCAUUGAACCCUCAUGGGAAUGUAAAUUUGACCACAUUGAGAUUCGCGAUGGACCCUUUUCCUUCUCCCCAAUAAUUGGGCGGUACUGCGGCCAGCUGAGUCCACUCUAUGUGAGAUCCAGUGGACGAUACCUUUGGAUCAAAUUUUUUUCUGAUGGUGAACUGGAAGCAACAGGAUUUUCUGCGAGAUACAAUUUCACUGCAGAUCCUGAUUUUAAAGACAUAGGAACACCCAGCCCUCUGCCCUUUUGUGAGUUUUAUCUGGGAGGCCCCGAGGGAUUGGUGGACUCUCAGCAAAUAUCCAAAGAGGGCAAAGCCUUAGCGACUGAGGCAGUUGAUUGCAAGUGGUUCAUCCGAGCCCCACCCCGGUCCAAGAUCUACUUGCGAUUUCUGGAUUAUGAGAUGCACAACUCAAACGAGUGCAAGCGCAACUUUGUGGCCGUGUACGACGGAGGCAGCUCUGUGGCGGAUCUCAAGAAGAAGUUCUGCAGCACAGUGGCCAUCGACAUGAUGCUGAUUUCAGCGUUGGGGGUAGUUCGCAUGUGGGCUGAUGAGGGAAGCCGCAAAAGUCAUUUCCGGAUCCUUUUCACUACCUUCCGAGACCCCCCCUGUGAGGAGAACACGUUUUUUUGCCACAGUAACAUGUGCAUUAACACCACCCUCGUUUGCAACGGUGUGCAAAAUUGCGUCUUUCCUUGGGAUGAAAACCACUGCAAAGAGAAGAGGAAGCCAAGCAUCCUGGAAAAGCUUAAUAGCACUAAUUUGGCCAUAAUUGGAGUCACAUGUAGUAUUGUGCUCAUCCUGCUGAUCAUAUCUUCUAUAGUUCAAAUCAAACAACCACGCAAAAAGUACAUCAUGAAGAGAGAGGCAUUUGACCCGGCGCUGUUCCAGGAGGUGUUUGAACCCCCACACUAUGAGCUCUGUACCAUUCGCAGUGCGGCUACAGUCCCCAACAUGGCAGACAUGUCCAAUGAAUUUGAGCACUUUCAGCGACGGCCGUCCUCCAGGUGUGUCCACAACCACCACUGCGGCUCUUCGGCCACCAGUCCCGGAGGCAGUCGCAGCAACCUCAGCAUACGAGAUGCCACCAUCCUGCCAGACACCCUGAUCCAACCCGUCCGGCCUUUAGUACCACCCACCAACCGCAGGAGCAUCCAUGUGAUGAAGCACAGCUACUCGGAUGUGACAGGUGACUGUGAUGUAGAGGAGGAAAUCUCCACGGUGAGCGGGCAGCUGGAUGAUCAGAAUCUACAGGCUCAGCGCUCAGUCUCCAUUGGCUUCUAA